AUGUCUGGAAAUUGUACCAAUGCUGAUAACAUUUCACCGAUACAAAACGAAGAACAGCAUAGACUGGUGCCAGAGCGGAACCUUGACCGUGUUGUAUUGUCGCGUGGAGACGCAAUUCAUUCUACGAUGGAAUGCGUGAGUGACGAUUCUGAAUAUAUGGAAGCUCUUUCAACACAACCUAAAAGUGACGUUGCGUCAGGCAUGUUGGAUCAGUCUAUGGUAUCUAUAACAGAUUCCUCAUCAAAUUUUGCUGAUCUUGUGUCGGCAAGUAGGGUUAGUUCCGAAAACUUUGAAAAUAAUAUCAAAGGAAGGAACGAAAUGGAACAGAAAAAGAGGAGUGAACAAGUGGAACAGGAACAGAAGCGUUUUGGAGGUUUCAUGUUCGAUCGAAAUCGUCACCCCAAUCCAGAGCUUCCGAUGGAAACCGUGACAGUUCUGAACUAUCCCUUCCCGCCUACAUCUAUACCAGUUGGAGAUGAUGAAAAUGAAUUCCGCAAAUCAUUGGCUGAUGCAAAAGUGUAUUUGAUUGGAACGGCUCAUUUUUCUCCCGAUAGUCAGCAGGACGUUUUGAAAACAAUUGCAAGUACUCAACCAGAUAUGGUUAUGGUUGAACUUUGUCCGUCGCGAAUAUCAAUACUCUCAAUGGACGAGGAUACUUUACUUGAGGAAGCGAAAAAUUUGAAUUUCGAUAAAGUUAUUAAUACCAUUAAACAGAGUGGCGCAGUUCAAGGAAUACUUCACGUAUUGCUGUUGUCUAUGUCUGCGCAUAUGACAAAGGUGCUUGGUAUGGCGCCCGGAGGAGAGUUUCGAGCAGCUCACAGAGGUGCUAUGGACGUAGAGAUGUGUAAGCUAAUUCUGGGUGACCGUCCAAUACACGUGACUGUACAAAGAGCAUUGGGUUCUCUAAGCUUUUUUCAAAAGCUUCGACUUUUCUACCAUAUAAUUCUUUCACAUAAAACAACUAUCACUCAAGAAGAAGUAGAAAAAUGCAAGAAGUCAGAUAUGCUGGAAGAACUGCUUAAGCAGAUGGCUGGUGAAUUUCCAUUGCUUUCGAAAAUCUUUGUGGAAGAACGUGAUCUGUAUAUGACCAAUGCGUUGCACACCCUACUUAAAAAAUCUACAUUUGAUAAGAGAGUGGCAUGGAUUAAAACAGAUGCCGCCUGGCAACCAAUAUCUGUUGUAGCUGUUGUCGGUAUGGGACAUGUUCCUGGCAUCAUUUCUAAUUGGAAUAAAAGAAUUGAUGUUGGCGAUUUGCUGACCAUACCACAACCAACACACACUGAAAAAUUUAUCCGCUUGACUCUGAAAGCGAUGAUCAUUGGCGUAGUGGGGUAUGUGUUUUACCAAGUUGGUUCAAAAGUGGUCAACAAAGUGCAGAUGUUAAUGAAAUGA